AUGAAUAAUUUGGUAGCGCCUGCCUGACGGCAGUUUGUUGAACAGGCUGUGUGCUGUGAACGAGAUCAGCUGUGAUUUAUUGAGCAUUUCUCAUACACCGUGUGUGGCUGGGAGUUUAUUUCCAUAAAUGAGGUCUGGAUGGAGUUAUCUUGAAUUGAAGACCACUAUGCGCAUCUUCUAUCCAGCGUCUACCUCCCCUCUCCAGGCUCUUCUCAACCUGCUCCCUACUCUCACCACAAAUCACAAUAUCAUCCACAAACAUCAUAGUCCAUGGAGUCUUCUGUCUGGCCUCGUCCAGCAACCUGUCCAUCACCACUGCAAACAGGAAAGGGCUCAGAGCUGAUUCUUGAUGCAGGUCCACCUCCACCUAAUAUUUUAUAAAUAAAUUACAUUUUAUAAAAUUGAAUUAAAUUGAAUCAAAUAGAAUAGAAUUGGUUUUCUAAAACCUUUCCUUGGUUGGUGAUAGUUCAGGAUGGUCAUCCUUAUCAAACCAUAUACUGAUCCCUUAUAGCCUGUAGUUAGGUGUGGAGAGAUCCUGUAAGGAAUCAAGCCCAUCAGGAGUGAAAUUGUAACUAGAUAAACAUGAUCUUUCAGAAGAACCGUGGACAAACCAGGGAGUUCAUCAUGGGCAAUGCUGACUUUGGCCACCACAGGAAAGCACAGGAGGUUUCCCAAAUAAACAAGAGCAAAAUACAGGUCGAAGAAAAUAAAAGAUGGAAGGAUAAAAGAAGAAAGGAAAAACUUUGAAAAGAGAUCCUUAGCUUUUGUUGUGUGCACCUCAGUGAUUGGGUAACAUCCCUUGGAGUUAUUUCAAUAAUGUUCACCCCUGCAUUUAUUAAGAAAUGCCUCUUCUCAUUUUACAGUCUAAACUUCCUCUUUCUAUAAGGCCACACCCAUUCUAGCUUUUUCUUAAGUGCACAGACUCAGGAAGCUCAUUGCAGAGAAAAUAAAACUUUGGAAAUCUCUUGUUUACACUGGGUGUGUGAGUACAGAAAAGUGUCUGGCGACGUUUCAAUGGAUCAAGAUCAGUUAAACUGUUCAGAAUGUAUGUAUCUCCUGAAGACUCCUGUGACUCUAAAUUGUGGCCACAGCUUCUGUAAGGUGUGUAUUAAUGGAUGCUCGGAUGAGGAUGAUGGAAAGCACAUCUACAGGUGCCCUCGGUGUAGAGAUUCUUCCACCCCAAGGCCUGUUCCACGCAAGAACAAAAUCUACAAAAAUGGUAGGAAACUUAUGAAGAAUGUACUCCAAGCUGGUUCUCCUGCCCAGUCUGAUGUUGGAACUGAAGAUGUGGACUGUGAUUCCUGCACUGGGAAAAAACGCAAAGCCAUCAAGUCCUGUCUAAUGUGUCAAGCCUCGUUUUGUGAAGCACAUCUUAAACCUCAUUAUCAGUCUCAGGCUUUUAAGCAGCACCAGUUAGUUGAAGCCUGUGCAGAUCUCCAAGAAAAGUUCUGUUUUCAACACAACAAACUGAUCGAGAUCUACUGUCGUACUGACCAAAGCUUCAUCUGUUACUUGUGUACGAUGGAUAAACACAAAGGCCAUGAUACUGUUGCAGCGAAAGCAGAAAGGACUGAAAAACAGAAUGAGCUAAAGGAGGAGCAGAUUAAAUCCCAGCAGAUGAUCCAGGAGAAGCAGGAGAAGGUGCAGGAGAUGAAACAGACUGUGGACAUUAUUAAGAAGUGUUCACAAGCAGCAGUAGAUGACAGUGAAAAGAUCUUUAAUGAGAUGAUCAGCUCCCUGGUGAAAAGGCGCUCGGAUGUGACGAAGCUGAUCAGAGUUCAGGAAAAAGCUGAACUGAAUCGAGUUGAACAACCCCUGAAGCAACUGGAGCAGGAGAUCGCUGAUCUUCAGAGGAGAGCCAGUCAGCUGGAUCAGCUUUCACACACACACGAUCACAUCUACUUCCUCCAGAGUUUCCCGUAUCUCUGUGUUUCUCCUGGACUUUACGAGCUACCCAGCUUCACUGUCAAUCUCUCAUUUGAUGGAUUUCAGAAAUCUCUUUAACAUCUAAAACAAGAAGUUGAGAAACUCUGUCAGAAGGAAUUCAGCAAAAUUCUUCCACAAGCUGCAGCAGUUCAGAAGAGUUUACCCUCACAAACAAAGAAGAGAGAUGAUUUUCUGCAAUCUGCAUCAGUUCAGAAGAGUUUACCCUCACAACCAAAGAAUAGAGAUGAAUUUCUGCAAU